AUGGCGGGGUCGACGACCCAGAAUUUGGGGAACAGGACGUCGAUGAUGACGUCUGCCAGUGCUAUGAAGGCGAGGCAGCUGACACACCUCAACUCACAGCUUGCCCAGCUAUCGGCUAACCUGGCAGAUACCGAGAAUCUGUUGCGCAUGACGAGUGUGCAGGCCGAGGCCAUGAGGGGAUUGGGUAGUUGGCAUGCCGGGCUGUUCAUGGCCGCGAGCAAGGUGCUUGGUGAAGAGAGCGUGAGGGAGCAGGCAGACGGGUCCAAGUGA